AUGGCACUCGUACUUCGUUUCUUGAAACCCUACCAGGUGAAGGCGCUUAACAAACUCGUUGAGAAGGGGGCGAGCUUUGUUCACAGUGAGGCCAUGCUGGAGUCCGCGAUCUACUCUCCAAGCAAUCACCAACACUAUUCAAAGGAGAACGAUUUAGCCACACUUGCAGCCGUUCAGAGCUGCGCGCUUAUCAAAAAUCACCCAUUCCUCAAUGGGAACAAGCGAACAGCGCUAUUAGCGGCCAACUUGUUCCUAUUACAGAACGGCAAGGCCUUACAACGAGAUCCGUACCGGGCAGAAGCCAAUGACUCUAUUACACAAGCUCACGGUCAAAUCGCCGAGGGCAACAUGGAUCAUGCAGCAGUGGCGGAUGUAUAUCGAGCAUGCAUGACGGCUGCUACAACUGUCGACUUGACACAGGCAGCAAGUCUUAUUGAGGAUGAAAACAAACCCCCAUCGGACAGUCAAAAAUGA